AUGGAUAAUAUACCACAAGCACAGAAGAAAUAUGUUCUCACAGACAUAAUGAAAAAGAGAAAGCAUCAAUCAAGUCUGAAUGAGGAGAGAGCACGUUAAAUUAAGGAGAGAAUCCAGAAGAAAAAAUAAAAGACUAAGGAUUUUGUGCAUCCUGAAAAGUUUGUGGACAAGUAUCGUAAAUAACAAACAGCAUAUUCCUAUUUUAAAAGAAAAGAACGCAAACAAAAUUUAGAAACAGUCGAUGCGAAAUCUAUUCCAAUUAAUAAAACAUUACUUGUGGUGAGAAUUAGAGGUGUUAAAGAUAUCUCCAACAGACAACAAAAAAUACUGAAGGAACUAAGAUUAAACAAGGUUAACACAGCUGUUUUUGUGAAGACUACUGUAGAUAUUUGGAAGAAGUUGAAAUUAGUUGAGAAUUACAUUACCUAUGGAUUGCCAACACGAUAAAUUAUCAACGAUUUAAUUGUCAAGAGAGGACACAUCAUGAAAGAUAAAGAAAUUAUUGCAUUGAAAUCAAAUGAAAUCAUCGAAGAGUAUAUGAGUGAGAAAGACAUUAUUUGUGUUGAGGACAUUGUGAAUACAAUUGCAAAUGCAUCAGAGAAUUUCGACUUUGUUACCAAAUUCUUAGUACCAUUAAAAUUAAAUCAUCCUGAAGGACAAUUAAAAAGUGGCAAGAUUAAAAAGCCAUUGACCAAACAAGGCGAGUGGGGUUACAGGGAGGAAAGAAUAAACAGCCUUGUAGAAAACAUGAUUUGAUUUAUAUUAUAUAUGUUAUCAAAUUAUAUUAAUAUCUCC